AUGAGGCGUGUGGUGCGACAAAGCAAAUUCCGGCAUGUCUUCGGACAGGCAUUGAAGAAUGACCAGUGCUAUGAUGACAUCAGAGUUUCCCGUGUUACCUGGGACAGCUCUUUUUGUGCUGUAAACCCUAAAUUUGUUGCCAUAAUAAUUGAAGCCAGUGGUGGGGGAGCUUUCUUGGUAUUACCAUUACAGAAGACUGGAAGGAUUGACAAGUCUUACCCAACUGUUUGUGGCCACACAGGACCAGUGCUGGACAUUGACUGGUGUCCACAUAAUGACAAUGUUAUUGCUAGUGGCUCUGAAGACUGCAGCAUCUUGGUUUGGCAGAUCCCGGAGAAUGGCUUAACUGCUCCACUUACAGAACCUGCAGUAGUGUUGGAGGGGCAUUCCAAGAGGGUUGGUAUUGUGACAUGGCACCCUACAGCCAGCAACGUGUUACUCAGUGCAGGGUGUGAUAACGUCGUCAUCAUCUGGAACGUGAGCACAUCGGAGGCUGUAAUAACGAUCGAUGAAAUGCACAAUGAUAUGAUCUAUAGUGCCUGCUGGAACCGCAAUGGCAGCCUCAUUUGUACUGCCUCCAAAGAUAAGAAACUGCGUGUAAUUGACCCACGCAAAAUGGAGCUGGUAGCGGAGAAGGAUAAAGCUCACGAAGGAGCUCGACCCAUGAGAGCGAUCUUUUUAGCUGAUGACAGUGUUUUUACAACAGGAUUCAGUCGAAUGAGUGAGCGCCAGCUAGCACUGUGGAAUCCAAAAAGUAUAGAUGAGCCUAUUGCACUACAUGAAAUGGACACUAGCAACGGCGUCUUGCUACCUUUCUAUGAUCCAGACACAAAUAUCAUUUACUUGUGUGGAAAGGGUGACAGCAGUAUUCGAUACUUUGAGAUCACAGAUGAGUCCCAUAUGUUCACUACCUCAACACAUUCAGCAGUAAGGAACCGCAGCGGGGAAUGGGGUACAUGCCAAAGAGGGGACUGGAUGUCAACAAGUGUGAGAUUGCCAGGUUCUACAAACUGCAUGAGAGGAAGUGUGAGCCUAUUAUCAUGACUGUGCCCAGGAAGUCGGAUUUGUUUCAAGAUGAUUUAUACCCUGAUACUGCUGGUCCAGAAGCUCCACUUGAAGCUGAAGAUUGGUUUCUUGGCAAAAAUGCAAGCCCCAUUUUGAUAUCUCUGAGGCAUGGGUACGUGCCAACCAAGAACCGUGAUCUAAAUGUGGUGAAGAAAAAUAUUUUGGGAAGUAAGCCAGCCGCACAGAAGAAGACUGAGCCAGCUAGUACUGCUAAAAAGACACCAGAAGCCUACACCGCUCCAAAUGAUGGCAAGCUAGAUGAGGUGAUGAAGGAGCUGCGUUUAAUGAGGGAGGACAUCAGGUCCCAGGCUGAACGAAUCUCCAAAUUAGAGGAUCUAGUGGCCAGUCUCACCAACAAUGAUGAAUCUGAAGAUUAA